AUGGCACACUACCAGGUUUUAUCUGUUCCGUACAAAGAGACCACAGAAAACAUUAAUGCAUUAUUCAGAGCUAUAAAUGAAUCAAAUUAUCUCCUAAUCAAAGAAUUAUUAAGCGGAAAAAAAGUAUCAUCGAGCACUGUCGAUUACACCGAUCGUACUCGUCCGAAUACAUUGAUUGUCUGCUGUAAAAGAGCCGAUUUUAAACUAUUAAAACUUUUGUUAAAAUAUGAUAAAAUUGAUCCCUUAUAUGAAGAUCCCAAUAAACAUCGAGCAUUAUUCUAUGCCAUUCAAUCAAAAUUUGAACUAGGAGUCGAAGAACUAUUAAAACAAAACAUAUUUGAUCCUAAUCUGCAUGAUUCGGGUACAAGUUUCACGCCGUUAUUACAAGCGAUCAAUGUACAAAAUUCCAAGAUUGUGGAAGAUCUACUUAAAUAUGGAGCCGAUGCCAAUUUACCACCACUGAACCCUCGUCACAAAGGUCUAACACCAUUGAUUUUAGCUAUUAUCAACGGUACAGACGAAAUUAGUCAAUGUUUAGUCAAUUCAUUGUGCAAUUUAAACGCAUUUGUAGAAGAUGGUUAUACGGCGUUGCAUUAUAGUGUUUUGAUGAGUCGCCAUGUUACAACGAAAAUACUACUCGAUACAGGAGCUAAGGCCAAUGUUCGAACUCUGAGCGGUAUUACACCAAUGACUCUGGCAAUACUUAGCGACGAUGCCUAUUCGGUAAAAAUUUUGAUUGAGCAUGGUUAUGCAAUAAAGAAAGCUUAUUCUUGGAAUGAAUAUCCGUUCGAACAAGCGAUUAAAGUUCACAGUGAAGGCUGUGCAAUGAUGAUUGCUUCUUUAGGAUGUGAAUUAACUGUAACCGCAAUGAAUCGCUCUUCAAACCCUCUAACACUGGCAGCAGAAGAAGGUCUGGUAAAUUUAAUGCAUUUAUUGAUCAAUAUGUAUCCUCGAAUGAUAAAUCAACAUUGGAUUCGAAAACGACAAUAUCCAUAUGCACUAAUGAGACUAAAAGAAACACAACAAGAUUUACAUCGUCUAUACACAAAUCCAUUUAAAUUAAAACAAUUAUCACGUGCACUAAUCACUCAAACAAUCGGGAAAUUUUUUCCUGAAAAAAUUGUCGAAUUAAAAAAGUACGUUGAUUUAAAAGAACAUCAUCUAACCUAUUUACGUUAUAAUGAUGUACUCGACCCUGUUAAACAUUUCCGUCCAGUAGGAAAAAAAUUAUCAACAUUUGAAGUAAAUGGAAUUGAAUUUUAUUGGGAUCAAAAGACGCUACGAUACAGAACAAGUAACACUAAUGGAGCAUAUCACCAGCCUCAUGAUCAACAAGGAUCAAAAAGUGCUGUUGUACAAUUAAAACGACCAAUCACAAAUCGAUCUUCCAGUAGGGAUGAUUUAUCCAGUGAUGGUGGUUCAAAGAAGAGUGUAAAAAUAACAACAUCAAUAACAGGAAAACCAACGAACAAUAAACAAUCAAAUAAGGAUUUAAAUAAGGAUAGAUCAGAUGCAUUACUAUUGCGACAAAAAGUAAAAUCAGCGCACAAUGCAGGACGAGGUAUUCGAUCGAAAAGAUAA